UUGGGAGUCGGGGAAGGAGGAGGGGUUUGGGCGGGUGUCACUCCACCCCUUUGACGGAUACAGACCGGCCUUAGGACCCGGCGCAGCACGGCAUGAAGCUUGGAAGCGGGCUAGGGGAGGCCGUCGCUCAUAUCUGACGUCACCAGCUCGCGCCGGCGGUAGGUGAGGACGCCAACAGCAGCCGAGAAACGUUUCUCUUUCCUCUCAGCUUGCGCACACGAUGGCGGCCCCCGCCCAGUCGACUACGCAGCCUGGCGGCGGGAAGCGCAAAGGCAAGGCUCAGUAUGUGCUGGCCAAGCGCGCUCGGCGCUGCGACGCUGGCGGGCCCCGUCAGCUAGAGCCCGGGCUACAGGGCAUCCUCAUCACCUGCAACAUGAACGAGCGCAAGUGCGUGGAAGAGGCCUACAGCCUGCUCAACGAAUACGGCGACGACAUGUAUGGGCCAGAAAAGUUUACAGACAAGGAUCAGCAGCCCUCUGGAAGUGAGGGAGAGGAUGAUGAUGUGGAGGCUGCCUUGAAGAAAGAAGUUGGUGACAUUAAGGCAUCUACAGAGUUGAGGCUAAGAAGAUUCCAGUCAGUGGAAAGUGGAGCAAAUAACGUCGUCUUCAUCAGGACACUUGGGAUAGAACCUGAGAAAUUGGUGCAUCAUAUUCUCCAGGAUAUGUACAAAACCAAGAAGAAGAAGACUCGAGUUAUUCUACGAAUGUUACCGAUCUCAGGCACAUGCAAGGCUUUUUUAGAAGAUAUGAAAAAAUAUGCACAAACAUUUUUGGAACCCUGGUUUAAAACUCCUAACAAAGGGACAUUUCAAAUUGUGUACAAAUCUCGAAAUAACAGUCACGUGAAUAGAGAAGAAGUUAUCAGAGAAUUGGCAGGAAUAGUGUGCACCCUCAAUUCAGAAAAUAAAGUGGAUCUCACCAAUCCACAGUAUACGGUGGUAGUAGAAAUCAUCAAAGCUGUCUGUUGCCUGAGUGUUGUGAAAGAUUACAUGUUGUUUAGAAAAUACAAUCUCCAGGAGGUGGUGAAGAGCCCUAAGGAUCCAUCACAGCUUAACUCAAAGCAAGGAAAUGGGAAAGAAGCUAAAUUGGAAUCUGCUGACAAAUCAGACCAAAACAACACAGCAGAAGGAAAAAAUAACCAGCAGGUACCGGAGAAUACUGAGGAGCUGGGGCAGACAAAACCAACGUCUAAUCCGCAGGUGGUAAAUGAGGGAGGAGCCAAACCUGAACUUGCAAGUCAAGCCACAGAAGGAUCCAAGUCAAAUGAAAAUGACCUCCCAUAGGAAGUCAUUCGGUGUUGGAGGUGGGUUUCUUACCUGGGGCUCUCUGAGAUGUUGCUGGGGUUUUACCUUAAAUUGUGACUUAAAAACAGUUUUUUAUUUGUGUGCUGCAUUAUGCUGUUCUCACAGUAGUGAACAAUGAUUGCGCAGCCCUGUUAAGUUUUGUUAGGGAUCUUUCAGCCCUUAUGGUAUUAUGUAGAGGCAGAUCCAUGUGCUGCUAUUGCAAAGAGGGGAGGAUAGGAGGAGGCGGAUGUUGACCUCUCCCAGGCUCCUCUUCUGCAGUGCCAGCUGACUUAUGGGAGUGAACUGACUGUGAAGUAGAAAAUCAGAGGGAAGUUUUCAUUCUAAGGAAGGCGUUUUUACAUGCCACAGCUCAGCUGUCCCGCUGCCACUUUGUUGUAAACAUUGCAAAAAUGUGGAUCAUGUAGGUUAGAAGUGAAUUGUUUAGUGACGUUUUUGUACUUUUGUGAUUUUCUUGUUUAUGUCUGUUUUUAUUUUUUUAUUUUUAUUUUUUAACAUUUGUGUGUAACAAAGUUGACAGUCCAGUGCCGCAAUUUUGGAAGGCAAGAUAUGAGAGAGGAGAACCAUUUAGGCAUAGAGCUACAGACAUUUCUGAAAAGGUUGGUGAUGAAGAAUUUCAGUCUUCUGAGUAUACUUCAGUAUACUAGUGCAACAAGGGACACAAAGAAAUUCUGUCUUUAUAAUGAAAGCUACUUCUCAAGGGUUUUAUAUGGACUCAGUCCAAGCUGUCCUAUCCUAUUGUGCACUGUCUGUGGCCUGCAACUUAUAAAACUAGUAAUUGUAACUAAAUCACAGCCACUUGACAAGAAAGGAUAUUCAUUAUUUUCAAAUGGCUUUUAGACUGUCAAAACAAAAACAGUAAGGCUUUUGUUCAGAAAUCACAUUUAGUCAAAAGGUUUAAGAAGCAGAUUAUUUAGUAGCAGAACUUAUCUCAGGAAAGGAAAAUAUGCAUAGUUGGUGAGAAUCUAAUAACAUUAAAAUGCUGGGGCAAGAUGCAGUACAAAAUUGAAAAGACUUUAUUUUCUCAGUAAGUUGAUUUACUGAUGAUAUCUCAUAUGAUGCAAAAAAGGUUUUGUGUCGUUAACUGAAAAGUGGCAGCUUCUCUAUGCAGGAUGAUGAGUCAACAGGUUUCACUAAUACUUGUCAUGCUGUAGCAUUUGUAAGAUUUAUAAAUGAUGAAAUUCAAAGAAAACUUUUUCUUUUGCUAGGAGCCUGCCAAAACAAAGGCCAAUAUAUAAUGUUGUGACAUCUUACCUGAUAACCAGAGGUUUGUUAUCUAUACUUCUGGUGCCCCAUCAGUGGUUGUCUCCAUAAGUCAUUUUGCAUUAUUAAAAAAGAAAUCCUGAUGUUGACAUUAUAGCACACUGCUUUCUUCACAGAGAUGCUGAUAUCAAAAACUUGAAGAUACAGUGAUGUUUUGAAUAAUGUUACAAAACUGGUUACCUAUGUCAAAGACCUAUUUAUGCAAAAAUGUUUAAAAAAAAAAAAAAAAAAAAAACACCCAAAAGAAAAACCUGGACAAACAGCACAUAAACCUCCU